UCCUGUUCGGCCAUCGGCUGGCUUUUCUAAGGAUGAGCCAGCUUUGCCUAUGGUUGAUGUGCCAGCCUUUUCACGCUGCCAGUAUCAGAGGAAUCCUCACUGGUGCCAUCUUCAUUCUGGGCUGCUGGGGGCUCUCUGAUAUCCAGAAGAGUUUUCUUCAGGAUCUGGAGCCCAAAGAUGUAUCUUCUUACUUUGGCCGCCAUGCUGCUCCACUCACAGGCCAUCCUUCCUCUUACCUCCAGAGACUGAGGCGGAGAAGGACAUUGGAGGACAUUCUGCACCUGGAACUCCUGGUAGCUGUGGGCCCUGAUGUUUACGAGGCUCACCAGGAGGACACAGAGCGCUAUGUGCUCACUAAUCUCAAUAUCGGGUCAGAGCUGUUGAGAAGCCCAUCCUUAGGGGCUCAGUUCCAGGUACACCUGGUGAAGCUGAUCAUCCUCUCUGACUUGGAGAGUACUCCGAAUAUCACAACCAACAUCACCUCAUCCUUGAUGAGUGUCUGUGAGUGGAGCCAGACGAUCAACCCCCACGAUGACACAGAUCCAAGUCAUGCUGACCUGACUCUCUAUAUAACCAGGUUUGACCUGGAGUUGCCUGAUGGUAACAAGCAGGUUCGGGGGGUCACCCAGCUGGGAGGUGCCUGCUCCACUUCCUGGAGUUGCCUUAUCACUGAGGACACUGGCUUCGACCUAGGGGUCACCAUUGCCCAUGAGAUUGGGCACAGCUUCGGGCUGGACCAUGAUGGUGUUCCAGGCAGCAGCAGCACCUGCGAGGCCAGUGGCCAUGUGAUGGCAUCUGAUGGCGCAGUGCCUACUGGAGGGGUCCUGGCGUGGUCUACCUGCAGCCAGAGGCAGCUGCAGCACCUGCUCAGGUACAGCCUCUACCUAGCCAGGGUGGGCUGUCACUCUCACCCUGCCCAGCAGUCCUUACCCUGUCCCACUCUGUUGCUAUUAUUUCCUGUCCCCAACCCUACUUUGUCCCUCUAUCAGUUCCUGCAGUCCCUCCAUCCUGCCUCUGUCAUUCUUCCCCACUUUCUUGAACUCAUUCUUCUAUCCCAUCCCACUCCUGGGUCCACCCCUCAAUUGUCCCUUGUCCUCUACACACACACCCCACCUCCUCCUUCCACCCUUCCAUGACAGACCUUUCCUGUCCUUUGGUCCAUGGACUUCUCCUCCAUCCUUCUUCC